CAAAAAAAUCUCUCUCUCUCUCCUGCUCUGUCUCUGUCUCUCUCUCUCUCUGUCUCUCUCUCUCUCUCGCUCUCUUAAAUCUGGCCUUGCUGCAGGACUACAGCUGUCCCCAUAGUGUUGCAGUCUCCUGUUGGCUGUGCUUUUCAUUUCCAAUCAUGUCUGUUCAGUUCUGUUUAGCAUUGCUGGCUCUCUCCUCCCUGACUGCUGCAUCUGACCCAGAAUGUGAAGACCUGCUUAAACCUCUGGAGGAUCGCAGCCGGGUUGCUGGGAAAUGGAUAUUCCAUUCUGGAGUUUCAGACAAUGGAGAGCUCAUGAGUGAACUUAAAAAUGUCAACAGCUCCUGGAUCAAACUCACACCCAUACCUGGUAGUGGGGACAUGACUCUACGCUGGGGAGACAAAGUUGAUGGGAAAUGUUUUUAUGGAGGCGUCAAUUCCACCUUCACUGGAAACGGCACCAAGGUGACAUUUCACUUUAACGCCACUGAUCACGAGCACAUUGGGAAGCACCUGGUGAGCUGCGCUGACUGCAUCCUCUGGACAGACACCACAGUGACGUUGGGCCAAGAGCACACAAGAAGAGGCAGGAACCUGUACCUCUUCACAAAGACUGGGAAAUUGGAUGACUCUGAUCUGGAAGUUGUCAAGAAACAGGUUGCAUGCCUCAAUUUCCCACCAGAAUUAUUCUUUGGAGAUAUCCGAGACCUGUGCCCUGAGAAUGAGGCAGCUGCCACAGAGGUCAAGGAGGGAGAACAAUAAAGACCUGAAGUUAUUCCAUGAAAUAAAUCAAAUUUGAAUUCAA